AGCAGAUGCUUUAAGUUCCAUACCAUCAUUGUAGUUGUCUUAUAAUGGAUUCCAAAAGGUCAUCUAUAAGUAAUAAGAAAAGGCAUUCUUCUAGUAGGAAUGAGGAAUCUUUGAAGAAGUUUCAUUCAAAAUGCAGGGAUGUUGAUGAUACUGCUGAAGUCUCCAAGCCAAAAUUCUUGCCUCUUAUAAGCCGAGGUAACAGGAAAAAAAUGUAUCUGAAACUGAAUGAGAUCAAAUCCAGAGAGCAAGAAAGGAAUUCUAAAUCAAGUUUUCCUGGAAUUUCCCCUCUGAAAAUAUCUCAGGAUGUCACCUUGUGCAAAAGUCUAGUCACCAGUGGUCCUUCUGAUGUGAAAGAUGAUGCAAAUCGAUCUGAUUCUCUGAUGUCUUUGGAUUUAUCCUACAAAUCUCAAGAAGAAGAUGACUCUUCAGAUAUCACCAAGUUGCCCAAAAUUCCUGUACAUUCUGAUUCCGCUGAACAUUCAUUUCUCCAGACAAGUGCAAUGAACACGUCUAGUAAUUUUGAUCAGCUUUACAUGAGUGAGGCAAGCUUCUUCGUGGAUGUCACUCAACCUCCACCAUUUUUUGUGCCUCUGACAAAGUCUUCGACUGACCCUGAGAAAGAAGCUCUCUCUGCCAGUGCUACCUGGAGCUUUGAUGAAGCUAGCUAUUCUGGCACUAGUUUAAAUAACAUUGACUCAAGAGUCUGGUCUUCAUCAACUAACUAUCAGAAGGAAGUUCAAGAGAAUACAGGAAAAUCUCUUCAUUACGAGUCACCAAUAUGUUUUUCUGAGAUCCCAUUACCUCCAGAUAUCUCUUUAAAAAGUCCUGUGCAUAUUUCUGAAUUGUCCAAGAAGAAAAGUUUAGAAACUCGAUCUCCAAAUACUGUAGCUCUGGCUUCACUUCCUGAAUUUCAUGCCAACAACUAUAAAACUCUUGACAAGGUUAUUUCUCCUAGAAAAUUAAACUUUAAUAGAAAAGACAAACUUUCUAAGUCAAUUGCUGGUAUAAUAGAUGGUAAAAAAUCCUUCUGGGACAAGUGGAACCCUGUUACUUCAGAAAGCAAGUCUCACCCUAAAGUAAGACUCCCAUUCUUGUCUCGGAAUAAUACAAGAAUUAAUAUGCAAGAAAAAGUUUCUCCUGCUGCCCUGGGUAUGCAGCUCAAGAUUUCCAGCUUUGCCAAAGCCCAACCAUAUCAGGAAAAAAGUAGUGAAUGGAUCAAUGAAUCCUCAGCUGAUAGGACUCCAGUAAAAUCUUCUAUGGUGUCUGCUGGAGCUGGUCAUUGUCUUACGAAAUCGUGUCCGCCUCUGCCAGGCUGUUCUACUAACGACAAGAGUUCAAAGGGAUUUGAUCACCACACCCAAUUCAAAAGUUGGUCUCAAGUGGACCUAAGAGCUGGCGCUCAUCGCCACCAGCAGUCUGUGAACGUCUCUCACAAGACGCCGCUUGAAUCCAAUGCAAAGCAUAGUUUUGCCUUCAGUUUGGGCCAAUUCUUACAACGCAAACGCGCCAAUCAGACCGCCUCGUUUGACGGCAGUGACAUGAACUCCUCCUCAGACACAGCGUCUGACAUGGCAUCGCCUGGUAUGAACACGUCACAUAGCAGAUCUGUGCAAGACUUUACAUCGCUAUCAAAGGAAGUUUAUUCUGUUGGCUUCAUUGAUACUCAUUGUCACUUAGACUUCCUGUUCAAUAAGGUGAACCACUCUGGCAACUUGUCUGAUUUUAAAAUCGUGAUGGAGAAGAAAAGCAUUGAAGAGCUGAAGUUUCCUGCUUCUUACGAGGGCUGCAUUGCUGUGUUUUGUCAACCUGACUCCUUUCACAAGACGAUGUGGUACAAGCGUCUGCUGCAGGACGACCAGGUGUGGGGAGCGUUUGGCUGUCACCCGCACUUCAGCAACCACUUCAGGGAGCACGAGAUGCACCACCUCAAACAGGCGCUCGCUCACCCCAAAGUCGUCGCCCUCGGAGAGAUCGGCCUCGACUACUCUCAUAAGAACAACGUGGACGUGGAGGUGCAGCAGGCCGCUCUGAAGAUGCAGCUCGCCAUCGCCGUGGAGUUGAAGAAGCCGCUCGUGAUACACUGCCGCGACGCCCACGACGACACUCUGCAGAUCCUCAAGCAGCACGUGCCGGCCGACACUCCGAUGCACCGUCACUGCUUCACAGACACUUGGGACGAAGCUUACGAGUGGCUGCAGGCGUUCCCCAACUGCUUCAUCGGCUUCACGAACAUCAUCAGUCUUAGGAAUCGCCGAGGCAAACUGCUUGGUGACGUGGUAAGGAAGAUGCCUCUGAACCGUCUACUUCUUGAGACGGACGCUCCCUUCUUCACUCCAGACUGCGUGCGGGAACAAGGCGAGUGUAACGCCCAUCCUGGCUACGCCUUGCACGUCGCUGUCGAGAUCGCGCGGCUCCGAGGAGUGUCCGUGGACGACAUCCUCGUCGCUACCAGACGCAACACCAGGGAGCUCUAUGGCAUUUAAGCUACCGUUGUGGCUUAUGAAUGGCACCAGGCGCAAUACCAGGGAGCUCUACGACAUUUAAGCAAACCUUGUGGCAUAUGAAUGGCACCAGUCGCAAUACUAGGGAUCCCCAUGGAAAAUAAGCUACCUUUAUUGCUUAUGAAUGGCACCAGGCAGCACUAUGGCCUAUAAGCUACUUUUGUGGCUUUUGAAUAACAUCGACCUCAUGGCAAAAUAUUAGUCGCUUUAGUGCUUCAUGUCUGUCAGAACACCGGCAUAUUUCGUCACUCAACACGAUUGCUCGAAUGACUAAUGACAUGCUUUAGUAAAAACGGUGGACCUCCUAGUUAGCAUAUUGGAAUUACCUAACGUCAAAGGAAUUUACCCCGCAGUUUUUUUUAUUUUUUUUGUAACAUUUUUCGUUUGUUUAUACUCGUAUUUUCUGUCAGCCAUCAAUACAUAGGUAAUUUUUUUGAAACGAGUCAUUGGACUUUUACAAAAUGUAUCAAAUUCGGAGAAUAAAAAGACGUUUGUCGCUUCUGGCAAUUACCACAAGUACCAAACGUAGUAACGUGUGACGACAUAUUGUGUCUCGCGAAAUUACAACCAGCCUCGUGAACGUAUGGAACUUGUUGAUACUUUUUUCUUUUUGUCGCUUUCCUCGCCUGUUCUGUUUCUAUGCUUCUGCUGGUAAAUGAGUUGUUGAUUUGUUCUUUACAUACAAGAUGCUUUUUGAGCUGGUAAAUCACACCAGUGUAAGGGUCCCUACAAUAGGCACUUCAUAAGGAAGGGACUUUCAUAUAUUAAGAGUACCCACGAUUUAAUGCGUGAUGACAUCUUGGUAAUUGGCUGCAAGGGAAAAAGUGACGCAAUGAAAGUACUUUCAGCCUUCCAACUUUCGUUAUUGCAGGCUGUUAAUCUAAUGUAAUCACUCUUUUUCACUAAUGUUUUAUGUGUGCAAUUUUUUUUCUUUUGAAGCACUCUGUAUGAAGAUAGUCUGCAAAGGAUAAACAAAGGUCCAACAUAAUUAGCAAUUCAUUUUUCUCUAAACGUAAGGUCACGAAAAAUUAUAAACAGAUCGAAAAGUUACGUCAAGCUAUAUUAUUAGUAGGUACUCGACUAUAUGAUUAAUAUUUGGAAGUAAUAAUUCUUAUAGACAAUGGUAGAAUAGUAUUGUAUUAUAGUGGAAAAAGGCAUAACUCUGUGUAGUGAUUGAGACAAGUCACGGGUCUUACUAGGCGUGACAUGUUUUUUACAUGUCAUCAUGACAUCGUUUCUGUUGGGUAAGAUUGCGAGUUAUGCUAACAUAAAGCGACGUAAGGCACUUUUCUCGUAUGAAUAAAAUAUACAUUGACUCGAAAGAGUUUAUUAAAGUUGCCAGAGGUAGCAGCUACAUUAACAUGUGCAAUGAAGUUGAGCGCCAUGUGCAAGGCCGUCAAUAAAAUAAAAUAGUCU